CCUUCGCGCAAAGGAGAAGAAAGUUCGUUCCAUGUGACUAAAAGGUUCCGGACGGCUGUGUGACCGGGGACAGAGGUGAAUUACAGCGAUGUCACAAUUUUCGGACCAUCAGGCAAAUGAGGACAUUGGGCCUGUCUAUGUGCGGGAGAAAGGUCAUCUGGUAUUGGCAGGAUCUCAUUGUGCCCGGAUUAAGACUCCUCCUGUUAGGCUCUUCUCCAAAAGUUUUUCGGUGGAACUGCGUGUGAAUCAAGGGGACACUUGUAAACCUAAGGAGAAGCCUUUUAUUUUUACAUACACGGAGCAGGGAAGCCUGCGGUACAAAGCCAAGCCCUUGUUCACCCUGGCUCUCGAUCUCAUCGCGGAUAAUAUUCAGCACGUUGACUCCCUGCUUGGGUUUCCUGAGCAAGUCGCAGAGAGACUGUUCACAGCCGCUGACGCCAGGCAGCAGUUCUGCCAUCCCCAGACUGGCCUUGUAGCCCUUCGCAAAUUCACAGAGGCCUAUGAAGACAUGAUGCUGUCAUCACUGUGUCUGCGGGGCAAGUACUUAUUGGUUUCCGAGAAGUUGGAGGAGAUCAAAUCAUUUCGUGGUCUUCACAGCUUGGACUUGUCAUGUUGUAAACUGGGGGAUGAGCAUGAGCUGCUUCGACACCUUUCUUCUGAAGCUAUGGACAGCCUGAGAGAGCUCUACCUAAAGGAUAAUUGUCUGUCUGAUAUUGGGGUCAGGAAGAUGACGGCUCCUGUCCGAGUGCUGCAGAGAGGCCUUGGGAAUCUGUCACUUCUGGACAUGUCAUGUAAUCCAGAGAUCACAGAGACGGGGGUGACCUUCCUGCUUGUAUUCAAACAGCUUCGAUACCUGGAUAUUUCUGAUGCAGGUGUGCAGGAUCCUGCUGAGACCUGUAAAAAAAUACAGACAAGAACGGGCCUGCUUCAUUCCAAGAAACCCUUAACCCAGUUUGAUCAUGAGGACUGCAAGACUCAAGGCUGGGCCGAGCAGCUUUUUUGUCAGUGGGAUCAGUUGGUAGUGUCUGCCAUUAAAUCAAAGAAAAUCACAGCAUCCAGAACAGCAGCUCAGCAAUUCUAUGGAAAAGAUAAGGUAAAUCGUGAUGAUGCGGAGAUGCCAAUCUUAAAUGAUUCACCUGCUGCCACCACAAAGCAUCUACAGUUCUACAGACCCGAGGGGGUAAAGAAUCCUGCCCCGGCUGUACCUUACUCAGGACAUUAUCCUGUGAAAAGGGCUAAGGAAGAAAAGCAUCUGGAAGACACGGCUUCCUCUCAGCCGGCAAAAAAGUCACGCGUGACUCUUACAACAGAGGACUGGGAUUUACUGAACUCUUACUGAGCCGUCUAAUCCACACCACUGGCCUGGAGACCGGAGUACUUGUGGCAGUGGAGCUACUGCAUCCUGGAACUACAACUCUCAGUAUGUUGUUUCAGUCUGGUGAGCCUCCGGUUGCAGACAUAACAGUAGUUAAUCAUAUAUUCUUCUAUUUCUGAAGUCUGGAUAGAACAUUUGCACUUUGAGACAUGUUAAGCCACUGCUAUUUAUUCAGAUUUACAGGACGGACUUGAAUGAAUGUGCACCUCAUAGGCUUUACUGUAUCGACGGAGUUGGAUAAAGCUCAUAUGUAUGUUUUCUCUAUUUUACUUAGAUUUUUGUUUUCUUGAAAUCAGGAGGUUGUCACCUUCUGACAAGAUGUGAAAAAAAAUUCUACUCUUAAGGCCCCCUUCACACGGGCGUCGCGGGUGAGGGCCGGAUGCGUUCAGGGUGCAUUGUGGAAAAA